ACUAACAUAGCGUCCAUCCCACUUUAUAUUAUAUAAAAAGUGUCAGCAGUACAUGUUAUAGAGCUUUUUGUUCAAAGAGAAAUUUAAGGAAAUUAAGAAAAUGAACUUCAGAUAAACCAGGAAGUUCAAAUGUGACUAGUAAAAAUGAGUUAAAAUGUAGCAAUGAUACUGAACAAAACAUUUAGAGGAAAUUUCAUUUCAUCUAGAAACAAUCAUAAUGGGGUGUGUAUUUAAGAUUCUCUUAAUGAUAAUAGUUUCUACCAGAUACACAGAUGGCUUGUUAUGUCCAGUUGGAUAUAAACUGAUGAGAGACGACACCCUUGUUGUGGACUCUGAGAACUUGACAUGGUCCGAGGCUGCUAUCGAGUGUAGCAGAAUGAAUGGAACAAUCAUCAAAGUAGUGGACAAUCAAUCUGAACAGAGUGCAAAAGAUGCUAUGUGGAAAUAUUCGUUAGAUAAGGCCUGGAUAGGAUAUACUGGUGAUAUUGAUGAAACGAUAGAUCAAUCACAUUUGAGUGAACCUUAUUUCAUCGUUGAGAAUAUAUCAGAUGACCAACUCAAAUCUUCUUCAUAUUAUAACAGGUGGUCAGAAGCAAAACACGCUAAGUUCAACAGUAUAUAUGGAUGGGUACCUAGUAAAUUCACAAGACUUUGUCAUUGGGUCCAGGUUGAUCUAGGGAAAACAAUGUGUAUACAUGGCAUUGUUACUCAAGGACGAAGGAAUACAGAUGAGUGGACAACAGUUUACAAACUCCUUUAUAAAAAAUAUGGUGAAACCUUCCGCACACUCUGGGAUAAUGGAAAUGAAGAAUUGUCUGGUAAUAAGGACCGCAGUACACCAGUUUACAGGAACUUUACGAAGGCGUUCAAUGCACAGUUCAUACGUCUGUACCCGCAAAGUUGGCAUGGCGGUAGAUAUCUGCCUGCGAUGAGAUUUGACCUUCUGGUAUCAAAUAACCCUUGCCCAACAGACUUCCCUUGUGGAAAAUGUCCUGCCAUGGGGACAUCAACAGGGGGCAACUUAACAAUCCAGUAUUCAUCAUGUUGUUCCAAGUUGCCUUACAUAUGCGAGAUAGAGUCAUGUGACCAAAUUCAGAUAGAGUCGACUUCUGUAACAACCAUUACAACUGUAACAUCUGUUACUGAUUUAACUGUUGAAAAUACCACUUCAACAGUAACGACUGCUACUGAUUCAAACAUUGAGAAUACCACUACAAUAUGUGAAGAUAGUCCUGAAACCCACUCUCGUGCUACAGGUUCUGUUAAGUCUAUUUCCUCACAUAGUCUGACUAUUGGGCUCAUAGCUGGUUUGGUUGUAUUCGUGUUCGCCUCAUUUAUCCUUACGAUUUUGCUGAUCAUUUCAAAUCGACAUCAAAACAGCUGUAAGAAUCCUUCAAAGGCAGAAAGUAUUUACCAUAGUGAGAAUAACAAGACAGACUCAAACCAAACCGUUGCAGUAGUCACACCAAACUUGCAUACCAAAACAGAACCGAAAGAUAUAUACGCUCGAGUUGAUGUUAAAACAAAAGCUCCAAAACCAGAGGUGAUAUAUGCCAAUACGGAAAUAGACCAAGUCGGAUUGUAUGAUAUUGCAGAAGAUGUGGAUGUUUACAAUGCCGUUGAGGAGACAGGGGAUAAUAGCGAAGUCCCUGAUGGAAUUGAAAUGUUCAAGAAUGAAAUAUAUGAUGAUGCUUAAUUGGGACAAAAUGACUAUUUACCAUGCAGGACUACUACCCCCCCCCCAUACAUGUCUCAUUAAAUGUUUUCCUUAUACAAUGUGUGGACAUUUUAUUAAACCUUUUAUCUAGAAUAGGCCUAUAAGAUUGUAUCCCUUAAAACUGCA